AUGAUGGCAAAUAGAGCAAUACAGUACAUGAUAGUGAUGACGCUCCGCAUGGGGUGGGCCGCUGGCGCUGGCAACGAUGCGGGAGGGGUGCCGAACGAACCCGACGGACAACCGCCCAUAGACGGUGAGCCGGAUGAGAACGUGAACCCAAUAACUGAGGAGAUUUUCUCAUCUUGGGCGCUGUGCAUCCUUCUCUUCCUCUUAAUCGCUGCGUUGUGGACGAACUACUAUCUGACACAGCGGCGGAUUCGCGCGGUUCACGAAACUGUGCUCUCGAUCUUCUAUGGCAUGUUGACUGGCUUCCUGAUUCGGGUGUCGCCGGGGCACUAUAUCCAGGAUACGGUAACCUUUAACUCGUCUUACUUCUUCAACUUUCUCCUACCGCCGAUCAUCCUGAACUCUGGUUACGAGCUGAACCAAACAAACUUCUUCAGUAACAUCGUCUCCAUCCUUACGUUUGCCAUCCCCGGGACGUUUAUCUCGGCAGUGGUUUUGGGCGUUAUUCUGUAUCUCUGGACUGCACUCGGGCUUGAGUCGAUUGACAUCUCGUUCCUGGAUGCGCUUUCCGUGGGCGCGACGCUGUCCGCCACGGACCCUGUGACUAUUUUGUCCAUAUUCAAUGCCUACAAGGUGGAUCCAAAGCUAUACACGAUUAUAUUUGGGGAGUCACUAUUGAAUGACGCAAUUUCGAUUGUGAUCUUCGAGACAUGCCAGAAGUUUCACGGCAAACCCUUGACGUUUAUGUCUUUCUUUGAGGGUAUAGGGCUAUUCCUGAUGACUUUUACGAUUUCCCUUCUCAUAGGAGUCAUGGUCGGCAUUCUUGUGGCGCUGCUUUUGAAGCAUAGUCAUGUCAGGCGGUAUCCGCAGAUUGAGAGCUGCUUAGUCCUGCUAAUUGCCUACGAGUCCUACUUCUUUUCCAAUGGUUGUCAUAUGUCUGGUAUAGUGUCCCUCCUUUUCUGCGGUAUCACCCUUAAACACUAUGCGUACUAUAAUAUGUCGCGCAGGACUCAAUUGACAAUCAAGUAUAUCUUCCAGGUUCUUGCGCGUUUGUCUGAGAACUUUAUCUUCAUUUACCUUGGCCUGGCGCUGUUUACGCAAGUGGAGCUGGUUUACAAGCCCAUGCUUAUUAUAGUCACGGCUAUCUCCAUCUGCGUUGCGCGCUGGUGCGCUGUAUUUCCGCUAUCCGACUUUGUGAACUGGCUGUACCGUGUGCGGACUAUGGGCACCUUAAGAUCAAGGACGGCGGUGUCUAUUCCUGACGAGAUUCCAUACCAAUACCAGAUGAUGACUUUCUGGGCUGGGUUGCGGGGUGCUGUUGGAGUGGCACUGGCUAUGGGUCUACAGGGCGAGUUCAAGUUCCCUCUUCUGGCCACUGUGCUGGUAGUUGUGGUUCUCACCGUUAUCAUAUUUGGAGGUACUACUGCGGGUAUGCUUGAGAUCUUAAACAUAAAGACAGGGUGCGUAGAAGAACAGGAGGAUACGGAUGAUGAAUUUGAUAUUGAAGCCCCUAGACCUGUCCAGCUAAUGUCUUCAUUAGACGCACCUCCAUUUUUAGCCGACAGCCCGACCGGCUCCCCGGAUCAAGAAAGCUUUCCUCCUAUGAUAGACCGACCCUCUUCGCGCUCUGCAUCAGGCGCUGACCAGCCUGUGGGACGAUUAUCAUUAGACAGAAGAAAUAUCCGCGAAACCUUGGGCAAUAUACUGCAAGCCGAUGGGCAAUGGUUUAACAAGUUUGAUGAACGAGUCUUAAAACCGGUUUUUCUGGACAAUCCAUCUGCAUCUCCUUCGAACAACAAUCAAUCAGGGAGCAAUUCUUUUAUCGGCAAUCGCCGAUCUUGA